GUGAGCCAGAGCGCGCUGGCAUCGCUGGCAAUUGGAGUGUCAAAUUUGUUCGUGCAGGAGAAGAACACAAAGUCUAGUCAGAGGAAAAUGCAAUUUUCCCAGUGAGAAAGCAAGUCAAUAGUCAUCAAAACAGUCACAAAACACAGUUGCAACAUGGAGAAGCACACGAGACACAAAAGUGCGGGGGUGAAGAAUGAGUGCGUCCAGGUGGUGGUGCGCUGCCGGCCGCUGAGCAACAAGGAGGAGGCGGGCAACUUCCAGAAGGUCGUGGAGGUGUUCCCGGCCAGGGGAGUUGUGGAGAUCCAGAACCCCGCCGAGGCCAGCAAGGAGAACCGCAAGAUGUUCACCUACGAUGCCGUGUACGGGCCGCACGCCACGCAGCAGAACCUGUACGACGAGACGGUGCGGCCGCUGGUGUCGUCUGUGCUGGAGGGCUUUAACUGCUGCGUAUUCGCGUACGGGCAGACGGGCACAGGCAAGACGUACACGAUGGAGGGCGUGCGAGGCGAUCCGGAGGACAAGGGCAUCAUUCCACGCGCCUUCGAGCAGAUCUGGGCGCACAUUAAUCGUGCGCAGAACAUGAACUUCCUCGUGGAGGCGUCGUAUCUGGAGAUCUACAUGGAGGAGUUGCGGGAUCUGCUGAAGCCCAGCAAUCGCGGUGGUCUGGAGUUGCGUGAGCGCGAGAGCGUGGGUGUGCACGUGCCGAAUCUGCACUCGGUGCUGUGCAAGAACGUGGAGGAUAUGGUGACGGUGAUGAAUCAGGGCAACAGGAACCGCACAGUCGGCUACACGAACAUGAACGAGCACAGUUCGCGCUCUCACGCAAUUUUCCUCAUCAAGAUCGAGAUGUGCGAGCUGGAUAGCAACACGGUGAAGGUGGGGAAGCUCAAUUUGAUCGAUCUGGCGGGCAGCGAGCGCCAGUCUAAGACGGGCGCCACGGCGGAGCGCCUCAAGGAGGCUAGCAAGAUCAAUCGCGCCCUUUCGUCGCUGGGCAAUGUGAUCUCCGCCCUGGCGGAGAACUCGCCGCACAUUCCCUACCGCGACUCGAAGCUCACGCGGCUGCUGCAGGACUCGCUGGGCGGCAACAGCAAGACCAUCAUGAUCGCCAACAUAGGGCCGAGCGAGUACAACUACAACGAGACGCUGACGACGCUGCGCUACGCCAGCCGCGCCAAGACCAUCCAGAACAAGCCGGUGAAGAACGAGGAUCCACAGGACGCGAAGCUCAAGGAGUACCAGGACGAGAUACAGCGCCUCAGGCAGCUGAUUGAGGAACGCCAGAAGCGCGAGGGCAGUCUGUCAAGGCGCCGGCAGAAGCGGAAGCAGGGCAGAUUUGAGUACCAUAAGGGGGCAGAGGAAGAGGAGGCCGAGGAGGAGGAGGAGUACGCCAGCGGCGAGGAGAACAGCAAAGACAACGAUCUGCUGCAGAUGGCCGACAAGGAGUCCAAGGAGAAACUCUUGCGCGAGCGCGAGAUCACGGAGCAGCUGGCCAGCAAGCUGCAGGAGCUGGAGGGGCAGCUGGUGCGCGGCGGCCGAAAUAUCUUGGACACGUACACGGAGCGCCAGCUGGAACUGGAACGGAAACUGUCUGAGAUUGCGGAGCGCAAGAAGCGCGAGGUGGAGAUGCAGCAGCAGCUGGAGUUGCAGGAGGAGACAACGCUGGAGAUACGCGAGACGGUGACGUCGUUGCAGCAGGAGGUGGACGUGAAGACGCGCAAGUUGAAGAAGUGCUAUGCCAAGUGGGUGACACUGAAGCAGGAGCUGGUGGACACGCGCGAGGAGCAUAAUCGCGACCGGCGCGAGCUGGAGAUGACGCAGAAUGAGUUGAUCAAGGAGCUGAAGCGACUGCUGCUCAUCAUUGACAACUUCGUGCCGGCCGAGGUGAAAUCCAGGCUCACGACGCAGGCGCGCUACGAUGAGGAGCAGGAGGAGUGGAAUCUCUGUCCCACCAUCGCAGCGGAUGGGCAGCUGAGGCGACCGGUGGCGCAGCCGGCGAGGCGGCGUCCGGUGUCGGAGUUCGCGCUGCAGCAGAUCCGACGCGGGGGCGGCGAGAUGCUGCGCUACCGUGGCGAGAAUAUCCUGUCGCACGAGCUGGACAUGCCACUGCGCACGACAUUUGAGUACAGGAAUCCCAAGGUGUCGGCGUCGCUGCAGGCUGUGCUGGCCGAGGCAAUGCAGACGGAGGGUGACCUGGACAUUAGCGAUCAGCAGCAGAACUACACAAGCCAAGUGAAGUCACGCCUCGAUAAGAUCAUCAAUCGCAAUGUGAACAAUCCCGAGCCGGCGCCAUCGGCCUCCAGGGCGCGCUCCUCGCGCCCUGAGACGGCCGCGGGGCGCUCGCUGAGCGCCAAGAGGUCCACGUCGGCGUACCCAAAGGCCAGAGGACUGAUUCCCAAGUAGAGCAAUUCCCACUCAUUCUCCCGUUCGUUGGACUCUCUCCGCGCGCGCAUUUCAACAUCGCGCAGAGGUGAUUUUUACGAGGCUAAUUUAUGGAGUACUUAAUACUUCUUUUUCUAUAUUUUUGCCCCCCUUGUUUAAGAGACUUUAUUUAUUUUGUUAUAUCUAUCUAUUUAAUCUUGCAAGGUAAUUUAACUGGAAACAGUGAGAAAGGAAAUUGUGUGAAAGUUUACCAAUAAAUAUGCUUCACAAGAUAACAGAA